CACCCCGCCUGUUCCCAAUUAUUUUGGGAAGAGCACAAACUGGAAAAAAUGAAGCUGCUUCUCCUCACACUUGUGGGUGCUCACCUUCUAUCCCUGAACUCUGGCAAAGCUGUAUACGGGAGAGACGCCCAGAAGAGGACUUUUCAAGAAAUAAAAGAAGAAAUAGCCCGCUAUGGAGAUGUUGCUAAAGCAAUCAUAGACCUUGCCGUUUAUGGUAAAGCACAGAACAGAUCCUUUGAGCGACUGGCCCUUCUGGUUGACACGACUGGGCCCCGACUAAGUGGCUCUGAGAACCUAGAAAAAGCCAUUCAAAUCAUGUACAGAAACCUCAAAGAAGACGGGCUAGAGAAUGUGCACCUGGAGCAGGUCAAAAUACCCCACUGGCAGAGGGGGGAAGAAUCUGCCCUGAUGCUGGAGCCCAGGGUGCAGAAGAUGGCUAUUCUGGGCCUUGGAAGCAGCAUUGGGACUCCUCCAGAAGGCAUUAUCGCAGAAGUUCUGGUGGUGACCUCUUUCGAUGAGCUGAAGAGAAGGGCCCAAGAAGCAAAAGGGAAGAUUGUUGUUUAUAAUCAGCCUUUUACCAACUACUCCAGUACAGUGCGAUACCGCGUCCGGGGCGCCGUGGAAGCUGCCAAAGUGGGGGCUUUGGCAUCCCUCAUUCGGUCGGUGACUCCCUUCUCCAUCUACAGUCCUCACACAGGUAUUCAGGAAUACCAGGAUGGUGUGCCAAAGAUCCCAACAGCCUGCAUUACAGUGGAAGAUGCAGAAAUGAUGUCAAGAAUGGUUUCUCUUGGGAACAAAAUUGUCAUUCAGCUGAAGAUGGAGGCAAAGACCUAUGCAGAAGCUUAUUCCUUCAACACUGUAGCAGAGAUCAUUGGUAGCAAGUAUCCAGAGCAGGUCGUACUGGUCAGUGGACAUCUGGACAGCUGGGACGUUGGGCAGGGUGCCAUGGAUGAUGGUGGUGGAGUCGUUAUAUCAUGGGAAGCACUCUCACUUAUUAAAGAUCUUGGGCUGCAUCCGAAGAGGACUCUGCGUUUGGUGCUCUGGACUGCAGAGGAGCAGGGUGGCAUCGGUGCCUUCCAGUAUUACCAGUCACACAAGGCGAAUAUUUCCAACUAUAGCCUAGUGAUGGAGUCCGAUGAGGGAACCUUCUUACCCUCUGGGCUGGAAUUCACUGGCAGCCAGAAGGCCAGAGACAUCAUGAAGGAGGUCAUGAGCCUGCUGAAGCCCAUCAACAUCACGCAGGUCUUCUCUGAUGGAGAAGGGACAGACAUUAACUUCUGGAUCCAAGCUGGAGUGCCCGGAGCCAGUCUACGUGAUGACUUAGGUAAAUACUUCGCCUUCCAUCACUCACAUGGAGACACCAUGAGUGCCAUGGAUCCAAAGCAGAUGAACGUCGCUGCCGCUGUUUGGGCUGUUGUCUCUUACGUCGUUGCAGACAUGGAAGAAAUGCUGCCCAGAUCCUAGCAAGAAAAAGAAAGAGAGUAUUUUUGCCCUUUCUAGCCAGGAACCCUGGGUCUUCAGCUUUCGGAAGCCCCUCUUCACCUAAUAAUUUCAUCUGGUUCAUUUUCAAAAAACACACUUUUUCAUACUAUCAUUAUCUUUUCUGAUACUUUCCAUAUUCUCUGUUUCUAAAGGAUCCCCCCCCAAAAAAAAAUCAACAUAUAUUAGGGAUCACAGUGGGGGCAUUUCUUUAUACCACCUGUAAAAAAUAUUGUUUCUGUUUUGAAAGUAGAAUACUGGAUAGAUAUUUGGAAAAACUCUGAUUUUUACAAGUGUAUAUAUGAACAUUAAAUCAAAUACAGCAACAUUAA